ACCGUAUUGCCGCCUUUCGUUUGUUUACCUUUUAAGUUUCUCGCAUAAAUUUUGAUUUCAUUUGAUUUUCUUUAUUUAGUAUGGGCGACAUAAAUUGCUACAACAAAAUUGACAAGAUUGGCGAAGGGACUUAUGGAAUUGUGUAUCGAGCUUAUAACAAAAGUACAAAUGAAUAUGUAGCUUUGAAACGCAUCAGACUUGACAACGAAUCGGAAGGCGUUCCAUCCACAGCUAUUCGUGAGAUUGCUUUGCUAAAAGAAUUGCAACAUCAUUCUAUUGUGCGAUUGGAAGAUGUCGUUUUGGCGAAUGACAGCAUCUAUUUGGUUUUUGAAUUUCUGGAUAUGGAUUUGAAACGAAUGUUGGAUAAAAGCAAACAUCUUUUCACUCAGGCAUUAGUAAAGAGUUAUAUGUAUCAAAUGUUAGAUGCCAUGGCGUUUUGUCAUAAGCAUCGUAUUUUGCAUCGAGAUUUGAAGCCUCAAAACUUACUUGUCGAUCGUCGAGGUCACAUUAAAUUAGCGGAUUUCGGUUUGGCACGCAUAUUCAACUUUCCCAUGCGACGUUAUACUCAUGAAGUCAUAACUCUUUGGUAUCGUGCUCCCGAAAUUUUACUCGGCACAAAAAUGUACGCAACAGGUAUUGACAUUUGGAGUAUCGGCUGUAUAUUUGCUGAGAUGAUAAUGAAGAAACCUCUCUUUCCGGGAGACAGUGAAAUCGAUCAAUUAUACAGAAUAUUUAGACAGAUGGGUACGCCAACAGAAGAUUCUUGGCCCGGAGUAACAUCAUUGCAAGAUUACAAACCAACAUUUCCGAAAUGGGAAUCAAGUCCGUUGCCGCAAGAAAUUGAGAAAUUUGGUGCAUUGUACAUUUUUAAGGCUAUGAUGCAUUAUGAUCCAACGAAACGAAUUUCAGCCAUGCAAGCUUUGAAAGACCCUUACUUUAAUGACGUCGAGAUAAUAUCAGAAGUAGAUUUGCCUAUAAGUGAACGAUCGCUUAUCUUUUAAAGACACUUGAUUGAAAAAUUGACUUCAUGUGUAAGACUAAAUAGAUUUUAAAAACAUGUUGAUACAGUUAGCUCUAAUUUGUCUUGAAUAUAUUUGUCCAUAUUUUCUUUAAUUUAACAAUUGCUAUUGUUACU